GAGAGAGAAACCAUCAUUCCAAAGCCAAAAAAGAGAGCGAGAGGAGAGAGAGAGAGAGAGAGAGUGGAGAUAAAGCGAGGAAUUCAAGGAAGAAGAAGGGUUUCCCAGAGAGAGAAAGAUAGAGAGAUAGAGAGAAGAUGACUCAAACACAGAGGCAGGCAAGUGAACAGCAACAACAAGCACUGAUGCAAUCAGGGCAAAUCUCUGGAAGCUUGAGCUUCAAUGGAACCCUAACUAAAGAAGACGAAGAGAUGUCGAAAUCGGCUCUCUCUACUUUCAGGGCUAAGGAAGAAGAGAUCGAGAAGAAGAAACUCGAGGUCAAAGAGAAAGUUCAGCUUCAUCUCGGUCGCAUCGAAGAAGAAAAUCGACGAUUAGCUACUAUUCGCGAGGAGCUCGAGGGGCUGGCAGAUCCGAUGAAAAAAGAAGUCUCAGUUGUUCGUAAAAAGAUUGAUGCUGUCAACAAGGAGUUAAAGCCACUGGGUGUGACUUGCCAGAAGAAGGAGAGAGAGUACAAAGAAGCUCUCGAGGCUUUCAAUGAAAAAAACAAAGAAAAAGUACAGCUGAUUACCCGAUUGAUGGAGCUGGUUGGUGAAAGUGAGAGAUUGAGGAUGAAGAAGCUGGAGGAGCUGAGUAAGAGCAUAGAAACGGUACGCUAAGAUUGAUAACCUAAUGCUUGAUUGAUAGCUAAUUAGGUUUUGUGUGGUGUAUUUAUUUAAGAGAAGACUUCUAUAUUGUCUGUCUGUAUAUGGGUGUCUUUGGGUUUGUUUGUAUUCUAUGAUUUUCUUGUUUGCUUAAUUAGCUUUUGUUGGAGCAUUUGCUGAUUUAGGAAUGGGAAAUACCCCCACAAACAGGUUUGUAACCAAACAGGUCUCAACUUUUCUUCACAUUUUUCUUCUUUUACAUUCAACUCUGCACUCUCUCGAGUUGUGUAAGAUAUGGUGUGUUCUUUUAAUUAGAUGGAAGAAUGGCUUCCCAAAUUGUUUCUUGUGUAAUCAAAUUGGUUUAAGAUGAGAGAAUUUUGCUUGGUCA